AUGUCUCGCCGCGCGCCGCCUCAGGACUACUACGAAGAGGAUGAUUAUGAAUAUGAGCGAGAACGAUAUUCCCGCCCACGUCGACGAGAGUCUGAAUUUGCUGAGGAUGUGGAAUUUCGCCGUCGGCGAUCAAUGCCACCGCCUGAGGACAUGGAAAGGCUGCGGACCCGGGAACGACCACCGCGCGAUCUUGUACAGGAAAGUUUCGCACAGCCGAGAGAAAGGGAGCGGAUGGCCCUGCGGAGAUCUAGAGACGAAGUGGACGAGGCUGUUCGAGAGGUCGAGCGCGAACCUGACGAGCUUUACAUGCCUUCGCGCCGGCGCCGCAGUCAUCGGUCUCGUGAGAUCGAGGAGGAGGAGCUCAUUGCCGAAGAACGAGAUAGACGUCGUGUCGAAGAAGAACUGAUUUUCAACGAGAAGGAAAGGCGUCGUGGGCGCCGUCCAAGAGAGGUUGAGGAGGAAGACCUUUUGGUUGAAGAGCGAGAGCGACGUCGCGAGCGUCGGCCUCGUGAAAUUGAUGAAGAAGAGUUGAUUAUUGAUGAUAGAGAACGACAUCGUGGUCCACGUCGGAGAGAUAUAGAAGAAGACGACCUGAUCAUCGAAGAAAGAGAAAGGAGGCGUGUCCCGCGUCAUCGAGACCGCGAAGAGGAAGAUUUGAUUAUCGAAGAAAAAGAGAAACGCCGCAUGCGACGCCCUCGAAGAAUGAGCGAAGAUGAGCGCAUGUUUGAGGAGAGAGAGAGACGCCGUGGCCCCCGACCUCCGGACCCCGAAGAAGAAUUCAUAGCUCACGAAAGAGAAAAGCGUGAAAGGAGGCGGCCUCGGCCAGACCGGGAAAUCGAAGAAGAGGAACUGCUCUUUCGACGCAGAGAAGCACCAACGCCCCCAGGACAAGAAAUCGAUAACGAAAUACCCCCGCGCCCAAGAAGCUUUGAAGAAGAUAGAGAUGAACCUUUGGCGAGAUCCUCAGAAUCUCGCAGGCGACCCCGACCACGCGGCACACUGGUAGAAGAAAUCAUAAUUGACGACAGAAAACGAGAAAUUCCUCCCCAUGGCGGGAGAAACCGUCGAGACCCCAGAAUCGACGAAGAGAUUAUUAUGCGGUGGAAAGAUCGACCCUCUCCUCGUGAGCAGGAAGAGGACGAGGAAAUACACAUUCGCGAGACAAUGCGACACAGACGCAACCCACCAGAACCUAUACCCGAACGAGAGCCGCCAGGUGCAUUCCCAAUCGAACAAGGAGAUGAGUUCCAAGAGGAUGUGGUGGUUGAGGAGAUGACGCAAAGACGCUCACGCUCAAGGCCUCGUAGAACAACAGAAAUUGUAGAGGCGGCCGAGGAGAUCCCAAUUCGCAAGGACAAGAUGUCCCCGCCUCGAGAUCUUUCACCAGAGCCUAGCAUACAUGCGCCUAGUAUACAUGUGCCUCCUAUCCAUCAAGAUGUGAUAACCCAUCAUCGACAUAUUGAUCAUGGAUUUGAAGGUGCCCGGAUGCCGCGUGCGCCUAGUCCAGAGAUUUCUUCCACAAGAACCAGCAUUGACGAAGUCGACGUUCGCCAUCGAAGUACAAAAGGUGGUCGCAAAUCCGAGGAUGAAGUUGUUUUCAAGCAUCGCCACGAAAAAGAGGAAGAAGAAGACGAGGAUGAUGAUGAGUCGAUUUCUCCAACCAGUGGGCCAUCUCUCGAAUUCUCCAAUCCAUGGGAUAGCAGAACCACAUAUUCACGACGCAAGCCACCCCCGUUCGAUGACGAAGGCAUCUCCAUGGCCGCGGAAACAGCGAAUACCCGUGGGCGACGGAAGCCGCCUCGCGGGUUCGAAGGUAGAAAAGAAAUCGAAGAGGGAGAAGAAGUCGAAGUCCAUGAGAAGCGUUCCGUUCCUCGUUCCGCAGCUGGGCUCUCAAAGGGCACUGCCGACGAAUGGUCUGCAACCGAUACCAUGUCAAAGAUUGAUGCGGCCGAGAUGAGUGGAGCCUUGAGUGUCAUCGAGGUGGCUCCGAAGCACGCAGUAGAAGAGGAAUUGGAGCGUGAGAUGGAGAUCGGCCAGCAGGUAGAGAAAGAAAAUCGCGAUGAGCGAUGGACGGAGAUUACCAAGGAGCUGGUUGUUCGAGAAGCCAUUGAACGACUUGGAUAUGAGUUUGAGGAGACCCGGAAGCAUUACUAUGUGUUCUCCUUUCUUGAACAACGAGAUAUUGAUGAGCUAAUUGAGCUCUCUGAUGAGAUCCGAAGCGCGCGACGGCGGCGUAUUCGUGAGAUGCAGCGAGAAAGGACGUCUCUCCCACCACCACCUCGACCACGACGGUCUUCGCUUGCAGAAAGACUUCCGAUGCGACCGCCACGCGUGACUGGAGAAAGACGGAUGCGAGAACGAGAAUGGAUUAUUGACCCUCGCCGCUCGGGCCGAUUUUGA